CAGGCCCAGAAUGCGGUUACCUAAAUAUUGCAAAUAUUUUCCAGCCAUGUCGAUGGAAGCUUCUGGAAGACAGGACCGUGGCUCCUUGAGAUCUGAACAGCAUGUAAGAGGAGUAUUGGACCCCUUUGGAAGAAUGGAGACCGGCUCAAUAAAAUCAGAACAGUCUGUAAGAGACGUGCAAACGGAUAGUUUUGGAAAGCUCGAUCGUAGCUCCUUGAAAUCUGAUCAGUCUGUAAAAGGCAUGUUAAUGAGUGGAAGACAUGAUCCUGCCAGGUCUGAGCAUUCCACAAAAGAUAUUUCAGGAAAGAUGCUGGACAAUGUUGGUGCAAUGGACUACAGCUUGAUCCACUCUGAGCAUUCUGGCAAAGCUUCGGAAGAGACGCUGGACCAGGUGCUGAGCGCCCAGAGUCUGAUGAGAGGUUUACCAGAUCGCAGUGCAGCAGAAGGCACAGUUUUCGGUUAUUCCUACGAAGAGUUGCAGGAUGCAGGGAGAGGCCAGGCAGACAACUCAGAGUUACAGCAGUCCCACAACGAGCGACAGUGACAGGAACAUGUCCACCCCAAGCUGAGGUGCUCCCGAGAAGCUGCAACUGUGGGAUUUAUAUUUUUUUUAAAGUUUUCUCAAGGAAGAAUAAAAAGCCCUGAGCAAGAGAGAGACUGUGAAUGACCGGACUUCUGAGAAAUUGCAGUAUGGCAGCACUGUGUGUGUGUGAGAGACAUGUGGUGUUUAAGGAAUAAAUGAUCAGUUAUACCUACACUUCUCUGUUCCUGGUCGCCCUUCCCUUUUUAACCAGAUGGUGCUGUAUUUUUGGGCAAACUGGGAUUGUGCAGCUUUGGCAGGUUACUGCCUCACUGGGCCAGGGGAUGAAAUAAGUGCAUUCAACGCUUCUUCCUGUUUGUGCACCCCCACCCAAAAUGUGUGUUAUUAGCACCACCCCUGAGUCAGGGGGCUGCUGCCUGUUGCCCCCUCUCUGCCAUCUCUUGGCUGAUGGCCCUGCAGAGAGGGGAAAGCUUUCUUGUUGCUGAAACAUCAUUCACAGUGAGGGGUGUGUCAGUGUUGAACAGCCAAGAAGUUCCCCUCCUUGCCCAUCUAGAGGGAGCUUUACUGUGUAGGACCAUGCUGUCCCUGUCUGGAGGGGUGUCUGAUGUUGGGGGAAAAGGAAGGAAUGCUGUGUAGAGGGAGCUGGGAGCUUUACUCUGUAGGACCAUGCUGUCCCUGUCUGAAGGAGUGUUGGAUGUUGGGGGGCAAAGGAAGGAACCCUGUGUAGAGGGAGCUUUACUCUGUCUAACCCCAUCCUGUCCUGGGGAGUGUUGGAUAGGAUAACAGUGGAGUGACAGCCUGUGUUUUACUCUGUAUCAACCCCUGGAAGUAUUUGUUUGGUGACACACCAUCUGGGGGAAGAAACAGCAUAGCAAGAGCAAUUCUGUGAUCUAACCCCUGUCUUGGGAAUAUUUCACAGGGGAAAGAAAAAAAAAAAAACCAGUGUAGAGGAAGCUUUCCAGUGAUCUUUGGUUCUGUCACAUGAUAGAAGUGUGUGUCAGCUCCGUAAUGAAACACACAUUGCUUUCUGAGCAGAAUGUGGCUAUUUCAUCUUCAAAGCUGACCCUGAUUAUCUCACACUCACGCACCCGCUUACCCAAACCCUGCAGGGAGCGUCUCUUCCUGUCCAAUUUAAGUGCCUUAUUGUCAGAAGUAAGACUAUGAAAUCCCAGCCACCCCACCCAGUUUGAUCAAUUGUGAGCAAGAGAUGCUUGUCUUCUGAGCAACUUUAAUAGUUCGGGCAGGUGUGGAAAAGCAGAAUUGUAACAUUUCCUCCAGACCAUUGUCAGAUCCUGAUCUGUGACACAAUUAUUUAGUGAGUGAGUGAGUGUGCACAAUUUACAGGGAAUCCACACUGGUUCAAAACUAGGCUACAAUUGCAUGAAACACUGCAGGGAGGCAGAAAAAGGAGGGACUCGGCCAUUUGGUGCUAUCUCCCUCCCUCCCCCCAGAGAAGUUCACCUACCCCACACCACACAGACAUGAGGAAUGGAAGUAACAGCAGGGUGGGGGGGGGGGGGGGGGGGUGAAAAUAAAACAAAGUCUGAUUUAAUUCAGCUUCCCAGUCAGGGGAAUCCAAACAUUUCCUGCGAGGCAUAGGUCAUGUAGAGAAAGCCAUCCUCCUCCACGUACUCCGCAUAGAUCUCCGCCAUGGUCAGGGACGUACUGGCCAGACUCCGGUCAUCCACCAUCAGAUAGAAGGCUUGGCUCGAGGUGACAGACAUUCGACUCCUGAGGGAAACAGAUGACUUACUCACGGGUUUGCAAAUCAGGACACUUGGUCAGGGAGGCAGUCACCAUAAAACAGGCAGACUUAAAGCAAGGGAUUAUUGAUUGCACAUUUUGAAUGGGGGCAGAGUCACAUUGCUUAGUUUGGGUAGACAUUCAGAAAUAGCACAAGUCUAUUCUAAAACAGAUCAGUACAUGGUUGAACUAGUGGCCUGUAGAACACUGUGGGAGUUUAACAAGCUAAUACAUUUCAUUGUGGCUCAGGAAUUAAAUUCAUUUAGUUUUAAUUCUUUGGAUUCUAAAAUUUAAACAGUUUACUUCAAGAAAAAAAACCAAAGUUGCUAGCUACCAUCUAGUAUUAAGCUUGACAAAAAUAUUUCCCCAGCCAGAAAGUCCUGAUGUUUGUCUACAUGUGGUGCAAAAGUAAAAAUUCAAGGAGAGCAUUAACUUAUGCAUUCUGUUUAUGUGUUGUAAAUAAACUUUAAGCCUGAAUGUGUGUAAUAUUUCUCAGGUAAUGAUCACAGGAAGGAAUAAAGUGAUUGCUAAUG